ACGUUCCCGCCGGAUAUCCGGUCACCCUCGUGCGCGCUAAUGUCGGAGCGGCCUUCCCCUCAGCCCCUGGCCCCGAGCCCUGUCUCCCCCCGGCCCGGGGCUGACACCGAACCGGCUCCCGCUGAAUUCCUCAUCAGCGGCGGCACCGGCUACAUCCCGGAGGACGGGCAGAGCGGUCAGCAACUGUUCGGGGCCGGAGAGGGGCUCACCUACAAUGAUUUCCUCAUCCUGCCUGGAUACAUCGAUUUCACCUCUGACGAGGUGGAUCUCACCUCCGCACUUACAAAGAAGAUCACUUUAAAAACCCCACUGGUCUCUUCUCCAAUGGACACAGUAACCGAAUCUAAUAUGGCUAUUGCAAUGGCGCUGAUGGGAGGAAUUGGCUUUAUCCACCACAACUGUACCCCAGAGUUCCAGGCAAACGAAGUCCGCAAAGUGAAGAAAUAUGAGCAGGGAUUCAUCAUUGACCCAGUUGUCCUGAGCCCCUCGGAUAAAGUGCGGGACGUGUUUGAAGCCAAAGCUCGCCAUGGAUUCUGUGGAAUUCCGAUCACAGACAGUGGAAAACUGGGUGGGAGGCUGGUGGGGAUUAUCUCCUCUCGUGACAUUGACUUCCUGACGGAAAAGGAGCACGAUCUUUCCCUGGCUGAGGUAAUGACAAAGAGGGAGGAUCUGGUGGUUGCUCCAGCAGCUGUCACUUUGAAAGAAGCAAACGAGAUCCUGCAGCGGAGUAAGAAAGGGAAGUUGCCCAUCGUUAAUGAUAAUGACGAGUUGGUGGCUCUCAUUGCCCGAACUGACCUGAAGAAGAAUCGUGAUUAUCCACUUGCAUCAAAAGACAGCAAAAAGCAGCUGCUGUGUGGAGCAGCAAUCGGUACUCAUGCAGACGACAGGUACCGGCUCGACCUCCUGGUGCAGGCUGGUGUGGAUGCUGUGGUCCUGGAUUCUUCCCAAGGGAAUUCCAUCUUCCAAAUUGAGAUGAUUAAACACAUCAAAGAGAAGUAUCCGGACCUGCAGGUUAUUGGUGGAAAUGUUGUAACUGCAGCACAGACCAAGAAUCUGAUUGAUGCUGGUGUGGAUGCCCUGAGAGUCGGAAUGGGAAGUGGUUCCAUCUGUAUCACUCAGGAAGCAGCACCCAAGAUUCCUCCAGAUUUUAAAACACUCAGCCCCAAACUCCCAACGACAAUCUCGGGCUCUUUCAUGCUGGCUGUGGGGAGACCUCAGGCCACUGCGGUUUACAAGGUUGCAGAGUAUGCCAGGAGAUUCUCCGUGCCAGUAAUCGCAGACGGCGGGAUUCAGACUGUUGGCCAUAUUGCCAAAGCUUUAGCAUUGGGAGCAUCGACAGUGAUGAUGGGAUCUCUGCUCGCUGCUACUAAUGAAGCCCCUGGUGAGUAUUUCUUCACCGAUGGAGUGAGGUUAAAGAAGUAUCGGGGGAUGGGCUCCUUGGAUGCAAUGGACAAGCACUUGGGGAGUCAAAGCCGCUACUUCAGCGAGUCAGAUAAGAUCAAAGUGGCUCAGGGUGUGUCUGGUGCCGUCCAGGACAAGGGCUCCAUCCACAAGUUUGUUCCAUAUCUGAUUGCUGGGAUCCAACAUGGCUGCCAGGAUAUUGGAGCCAAGAGCCUAACACAGCUCAGAGCGAUGAUGUACUCUGGGGAGCUGAAGUUUGAGAAGAGAACAUUGUGUGCUCAGCUGGAAGGUGGUGUCCAUGGACUGCACUCAUAUGAGAAGAGACUUUUCUAAGUCCUUCUAGAGAAAUUCCAGGAUUCUGUUCCUUGUUAAUCACCUCCAGCCAAAUUUGCAAAAAUCUUUGUUUCAACCUCUCAGUAUUGGAACACCGUGGGAGAGUGGUCUGUGCCUCCGGCAUUCACCCUAUAGCUGUUUGGUUCUGCAUGUCUGAUACCUCUGCUGCGUGUGCAGUUAAUUUUACAAGAUAUGUUUCAUUUUUGUUAAAAAUGAAAUGAGAUUGUUUGGUGUAAUUUAAUCUGCACCUUUAAAUCUUAAAGCGAUGACUGAGUAUGGCACUUAACAGUGAGAAUCUCAGUGACCAUUUCACUGCAUCAGUUUGUGUUUGCUCUCAGAUAGAGGAUGGUGUGUUAACACUGUUUAUUACUUUGACUGGUGCCUUUGCAUCUGUCACUGUGACUUUUGCACUGACUUUCUGAAAUGUUGUGGAACAGAUUGUGAAAAACACAAAGCUCAGACAUGUCUGUGUUGCUGUUUAAGGAGAAAAACCUUUUUUGUGCAGAAUAAUGAAUGGUUCAAAAUGUUUGCAGAGCAUGGUAUUGGUUUCACAGAUUGGAUUAUUGGAUGUGUGAUAACUGAUUCAUUGUCUUACACAGGGUUCUGAUUGUGAUUGAAAGUGCUCAAGUACCUGCUGUUUCAGGCAGAGAACUUUAUACAUAAGCCUGUGAUGACACUGUUACAACUUGUAUUAAAAAAUUUGGUUGAAAGGA